CGUCACCCUCCACUUUUUUCCACGCCCUUCGUCCACUAGAGGGAUAAUGGUUAAAACAACGUGAAACAACGUAAAAUUCCCAAGAAAAACUUGCCUGGAUCGUGGAAAAAUCAGUAUUUUCCUGAAAAUCACGCAAACAGCGUCCACCGUUGUGUAGAUAGUGUGGUUUAAUUAUCGUCCACUUGGCGUCACUCGGCUGCCACGAUAUGUACAGGUUGUCGUGUUUUCAAAACAACCGCCUCGGAGCGUGCGUAAGAAAAGAGGAAAAGAGGAAAAAAGGAGGAUUUUCCCGGAUCGCGAGCGGCAAAAACGUGUCCUAGGCGGCGAAUAGUGGACGAAAAUCGAUCGAUGAUGCAAAAACGUGUCUGUGAGUAGGUGCACUUGGCCAGUUUCAGGCGCGAGGGACCCGACGGGUUGUUAUGAAACAGCCCUGAGAGCUGUGUGGUGUGCGCAAAGCGACCAGAAGAAGAGGGCUGGCUAUCGAUUGGUGGCAGCGACGGAGGCGGUGGUUCGCCCUGCCACGGAUCGGUCAGAUGAGCAUGAACAAAGCCCUGGUGGUGUUUAUCGUGGCCAGCGGCUUCCUGCUGUUUAUCUACGCCAACAGCAGCGUCUUCAGUCGACACCUGCUGCAGAAGGAACCUCCGGCGGUGGCAGCGGCAGCGGCGGCCGCUCUCGUUCACCAUCACCAUGGACACUCCGCGAAGCGUAACCACAGUAGCAACAGCAAUGGCAACGGUAACUUUGGGAACGUACUGUCCGUCCAGGACCAGUCAGCAUCCAGCAGCAAGCUGAAGCGUGUCAAGUACAUCCCCAAGGGUACGAACGGCACGGAGUACAACAUUUUUCUCAUCUACACCAAGGAGAGCCAGAACCUGAUCCUACACAGCCAGCUAGAGCUCUUUCUCCGCAGUCUACUCAAGUACUCGACGAUCGAGCUGCACCUGCACAUCAUAACGGACGAGCAGAGCGAACGGUCGGCGGAAGAGCUGAUCCGGCAGCAGAUAGAACGUUUCCAUCGGACCGCCUUCUACACGCUGUACGAUGUGCGUGAUUGCGCCGAAAAGAUCAGUGACAUCGUGCAUAGCAUGAUGCCACUGUUUAACUAUCGCACCGGAAGCUACUACAGCGAUGCCUUAUUUCUGCUCUCGCUCGGAUUGCAUCGCAUCGUCGACCGGAACAUGCGCCGUGCGAUACUGAUCGACUGUGAUGUCGUGUUCCGUGCGUCCGUGAAGGAGCUGUUCGAUCAGUUCGACAACUUCUCGCCCGACCAACUGUUUGGGUUGGCCCCCGAACUAACACCCGUUUAUCGUCAUGUGCUCUCGCGGUAUCGUAUGAACAAUCCGCACACGAUCUUCGGCAGUCCGUACUAUCUGGACAGCGCGGGACUGUCUGAGGCCGCGUCCGUGGUGUCACCUCCGAGUGGCGAGAAGGCUCGGCGCCAUGGUUACCCGGGAUUGAACUCAGGGGUCGUUAUGCUGCACCUGGAUCGCAUUCGACGUUCGCGGUUGUACGAGGAAAUCAUCAAAGAAAGCACGGUCCGGAAUAUGGCCGAAAAGUACUCCUUCCAGGGCCAUCUGGGCGAUCAGGAUUUUUACACGCUCAUGGGAUUCGAAUUCCCGGGGCUCAUCUAUCGGCUCGAUUGUGUCUGGAAUCGACAGCUGUGCACCUGGUGGCGCGAACACGGUUACAGCGACAUCUUCGACAGCUACUUUCACUGUGAGGGAACGGUCAAAAUUUAUCACGGUAACUGCAAUACCCGAGCUCCAGAGUAAACCGGCCGUCGAACUCUUCCACAUCAUUCCACGUUCGUUUUACUUUGAUAGACAAGCGAUGUAGACAAGUUAUCUGUUACGAUCUCAAGACAAGCUCCCUUCAACCUUAAUUACGCUUCCAGAGGGAGCGCACGUUGGUGUGGCUUUUGAGAAAAGCCAGCAGCCACGGUGCAUCUCGGUGCAAUAGCACAUUACAGUGUUGUGUUAUGUGCAGUACAUUCCUGUUUGUAUUUUAAUUUACUCCUUUUCUUAACUCGUUAAUAUGUUGUUGUCAAACACAGUUGUAUUAUCUGCUCUCGAUUGAAUUUUAAUACUAGCUUAUCGUUCGAAGGAGAAAGCGCCAAGCGAAAAUGCCACCGGAUGCAAAUGCCAUGGAAGUGUAGCGGACCUAAUCCUUGAACGAUACACCGUGUAGGGCGUCGGUUGGGCACCAGCGAAAUGGUGGGUACGGUGCCAUGGUAGUCGAAAAUCGUAACUCAUAGGCUAGGAAGUAAGCAAAAUUAUGACAAAACCUGUGGUCUAUUCCCAACUUUGUCCCUUUGUGUCUGACGCGCGUGAAUCUCGGUUUUAGUUUACAGACUAGAUGAAAUGGGAAGGAUACGAGUGAAUUGAUUUGUGAUCUCGCCGUUCCUCAUGGAUAGACGAGAAUUAUUCCGAGUGCGAUCCACUUUGUGACGACGAGUGACGAACAAACGAAAUAAAUGAAAUCGAAAA